CACCAUUCUGGUUGAGCCGGGCUGUACGGCGGCUGUGACCCGCCUUGGCGACGUCUGCAUUACGGUGGGCUCUGGGGGGGUCCAGCCCGUCGGCCCCCAGGUUGACCCCAUCCAGCUCUCCAUCUUCUCCCACCGCUUCAUGAGCAUCGCGGAGCAGAUGGGACGCAUCCUGCAGCGUACGGCCAUCUCCACCAACAUCAAGGAGAGGCUGGACUUCUCCUGCGCCCUCUUUGGCCCGGAGGGGGGGCUCGUAUCCAACGCCCCUCACAUCCCGGUCCACUUGGGGGCCAUGCAAGAGACGGUGCAAUUUCAGAUCCGGAACCUGGGCUCUGAUCUUCAGGAGGGGGACGUCAUCCUGAGCAACCACCCGUGCGCAGGAGGGAGCCACCUGCCCGAUCUGACGGUCAUCACUCCGGUCUUUUGGCCGGGAGAGCCGAGGCCCGUGUUCUUCGUGGCCAGCCGGGGGCACCAUGCAGACAUUGGGGGCAUCACGCCGGGCUCGAUGCCCCCGCACUCCCAGUCUUUGCAGGAGGAGGGGGCUGUCUUCAUUUCCUUCAAGCUAGUCAAGGAUGGCAUCUUCCAAGAGGAGGAGGUCACCGAGGCUCUGAUGGCUCCAGGGCGGAUCCCUGGCAGUAGUGGCACCCGCAAUCUCCAUGACAACCUGUCCGACCUACGUGCUCAGGUGGCGGCCAAUCAGAAGGGGAUCCACUUGGUGAACGAGCUGAUUGGUCACUAUGGGCUGGAGGUGGUGCAGGCAUACAUGGCUCACAUCCAGGCCAAUGCAGAAGUGGCUGUUCAGGACAUGCUGCGGGACUUUGCCCAGAAACGGGGAGAGCCAGGCCGGCCCCUGACGGUGGAGGCGGAGGACUUCAUGGAUGACGGAUCCCCCAUCCGCCUGAAGGUGGCUGUGGACCCCCAAGAGGGUAAGGCCGUGUUUGAUUUCACCGGAUCUGGCCACGAGGUCUACGGGAACUGCAACGCCCCCCGGGCCAUCACCCUCUCCGCCCUCAUCUACUGCCUGCGCUGCAUGGUGGGCCAAGACAUCCCCCUCAACCAAGGCUGCCUGGCUCCCGUUAAGACCAUCAUCCCCAAGGGCUCCAUCCUCGACCCGUCCGUGGACGCUGCCGUGGUGGGGGGCAACGUGCUGACCUCCCAGCGGGUGGUUGACGUGAUCUUCCGGGCCUUCGGGGCGUGUGCCGCGUCUCAGGGAUGCAUGAACAACGUCACCUUUGGCAACGAGUGCGUGAGCUACUACGAGACGGUGGCCGGGGGGUCCGGGGCGGGUCCUGGCUGGCACGGCAGAAGCGGGGUGCACACCCACAUGACAAACACCCGUAUCACUGACCCAGAGAUUUUGGAGAAGCGGUAUCCUGUGAUCUUGAAGUGCUUUGAGCUGGCGCGAGGCACUGGGGGUGCUGGGCAGUUCCGAGGUGGGGACGGGGUCCAGCGGGAGCUGCAGUUCCGCAAGGAGAUGGUCCUGUCGGUGCUGAGCGAGCGGCGAGCGCUCCGGCCGUACGGCCUGCAAGGUGGAGAGUCUGGCUCUCCGGGGCUGAACCUGCUGAUUCGACGGGACGGCCGGACCCUCAACCUGGGGGGCAAGACGUCCGUGACGGUGCUUCCCGGGGUAAGGCUGCAGCAAGA